CCUCUCGCUUUUUUGCUGUUCGUUUAGGUUAGGCGUGCUGUGUGUUCCCCCGAGGGGACGGGAGAGUGAUCAUUCCUGUCGCCAGAGCCGCGGAGAGAGAGCGAUGCUGCGCGUCCGGUGCUUGCGAGGAGGGAGCCGGGGGGCCGAAGCCGUGCAUUACAUCGGGUCCAGGCUUGGACGCGUCUUCACAGGAUGGGUGCAGCGAACUUUCCAGAGCACCCACGCAGCUGCAGCCUCCCAGACCACCUGUGCUGUUGCUGAUGAAAACAACAAGGCCCCUGACCCUGUUCCCGAGGAUUGCCCUGUCUGCUCAUACAACGAAUGGGACCCGCUUGAGGAAGUCAUUGUGGGGAGAGCCGAAAAUGCCUGCGUUCCUCCUUUUUCUGUGGAGGUCAAGGCGAAUACCUACGAGAAAUACUGGGGGUUCUAUCAGAAGUAUGGAGGCCAGAGUUUCCCCCAGGAUCAUUUGAAGAAAGCAGUUGCUGAAAUUGAAGAGAUGUGCAAUAUUCUGAAAAUGGAAGGAGUGAUUGUGAGAAGGCCAGAGCCGAUUGACUGGUCGACCAAAUAUAAAACGCCUGACUUUGAGUCCACCGGGAUGUACGCAGCCAUGCCGAGAGACAUUUUGCUGGUCGUUGGGAACGAGAUCAUUGAAGCUCCGAUGGCUUGGCGGGCCCGCUUCUUUGAAUACAGAGCGUAUCGGCCCAUCAUCAAAGAGUACUUCCGCCGCGGAUCCAAAUGGACCACAGCACCAAAGCCCACCAUGGCUGAUGAACUUUAUGACCAGAAUUACCCUAUCCGCACCGUGGAAGACAGGCACAAGCUGGCUGCACAGGGCAAAUUUGUCACAACUGAAUUCGAGCCGUGCUUUGAUGCUGCAGAUUUCAUGCGAGCGGGAAGAGACAUCUUCGUGCAAAGAAGUCAGGUUACUAACUACUUGGGAAUUGAGUGGAUGCGGAGACACCUUGCGCCGGAAUACAGAGUGCACACCAUCUCUUUCAAAGACCCCAAUCCCAUGCACAUUGAUGCCACAUUCAACAUCAUCGGACCGGGCCUUGUGCUUUCCAACCCAGAUCGUCCGUGCAAUGAGAUCGAUCUCUUCAAGAACGCAGGCUGGACAGUGGUUCACCCUCCAUUGCCCCUGAUCCCUGAUGACCACCCACUGUGGAUGUCCUCUAAAUGGCUCUCCAUGAAUGUCCUGAUGCUGGAUGAAAAACGUGUGAUGGUCGAUGCCAACGAAACUGCAAUCCAUAAGCUGUUUGAAAGUCUCGGCAUUUCGACAGUCAAAGUGAACAUCCGCCAUGCCAAUUCCUUGGGAGGAGGCUUCCACUGCUGGACCUGCGACAUCCGCCGUCGUGGUACCCUGAAGUCUUACUUUGAUUAGGCAGGGUGCAUGCAGCUUUGCGAAGCUGCACGCGGUUAAGUUUGCAUGAGCUAGGCGUAGGCAAAUGAAGAAGAGGAGAUCGGUUUCAUCUUUCUGCUU